AUGCAUGGAAGAAAUAUCCCUGGAUUUAGUAGAAAAAAACCCACAAUUGUAACAUCUCAAGUCUUAUAUCCGCAAGAGGAAAGUUCACACUUCGAACAGAGCCAUGAAAAGAUACAUCAAAGCCCUCUUCACCCUGUUAACUCUUCGAUCAAAUUGGUGAAAUUGGUGAAUUAUUUGCGACAUUGCCCCGUUAAUGCUCUUCGACUGUCGGACUCCCGCCCAAGAUCUUCUGCUCAAGGCAUUGAUGUUGGUGGCCGGGGUGCUCUGGGGAAGAUACCAAUAUGGGCAGAGCUGAAUAUUGUAUGUCUGGAAAAGGAAGACACAAUUGAAGAAUCGUACGUAUUUUUCAUGGUAACAAGGUUGUGUGUGUCGAUUGUUGCUUCUCCUGAUACUAUUGCUGUAUGCUUCCAGUAUACCGACCCGAUCAGCUGA